GUGUGGCAACACUAUACGCCCAACUAAAAACGUGUGGCGUAUCGUGACUAAAAUUUGCAUUUGUGUUUUGUACUAUUAAUAGACUCUUCAAAUUGGCAGAAACACAGAAUUGCUAAUAGUAACAAUAGACAGACAAUGUCCACAACACACAAACAACGUUAUAAAAAUGCCGCUCUGGACUCGACAGAGAUGCGGCGCAGACGCGAGGAGGUAGGAAUUCAGUUACGUAAAACAAAGCGCGAACAGCAGCUCUCAAAGCGUCGCAAUGUUGUCCUGGAUCCAACACCAUCCACAGCUCCAGGUGCUGGGAUCGAGGGCAGCAGCAGUGGCGAACUGCAUUCCAGCGAUAUGCACAUGGCAGACAGCAGCGGACAAGGAUUGGGUAUGGGUAUGGGAGGGAUGCAAUCGCAUGGACAGCCAGAGGCAGGUGGUUCCCAAUCGAUUAUCAAUGCAGAGAUGAUACAAAUGCUAUACAGCGACAAGGAGAGCGAUCAGCUAGAGGCAACACAAAAGUUUCGCAAGCUGCUCUCACGGGAUCCCAAUCCGCCCAUUGAGGAGGUUAUACAAAAAGAUAUUGUGCCGCAAUUUGUGACAUUCUUGCGCAACAACACAAAUGCAACGCUGCAAUUUGAAGCCGCCUGGACGCUGACAAAUAUUGCAUCGGGCACAUCGCAACAAACAAAGAUUGUCAUUGAGGCUGGAGCCGUGCCGAUAUUCAUAGAAUUGCUCUCCAGUCCCCAUGACGAUGUGCAGGAGCAGGCUGUCUGGGCGCUGGGCAACAUUGCUGGAGAUUCACCCACGUGCCGCGAUCAUUUGCUUAAUUCUGGCAUCCUAAUGCCACUCUUACAUGUACUAAGCAACUCGGAACGCAUAACUAUGAUACGCAAUGCCGUUUGGACAUUGUCGAAUUUGUGCCGGGGCAAGAAUCCACCCGCUGAUUUCACAAAAAUUAGACAUGGUCUGCCGAUCUUGGCACGUCUACUGGACUACACCGAUGUGGACGUGCUGUGCGAUACAUGCUGGGCCAUUAGCUAUCUAUCGGAUGGACCCAAUGACAAAAUACAGGCCGUCAUUGAUGCGGGCGUCUGUCGUCGUCUUGUCGAGCUGCUAUUGCAUCCUCAGCAGAAUGUCAGCACGGCGGCAUUACGCGCUGUGGGCAACAUUGUUACCGGAGAUGAUCAGCAGACGCAAACGAUAUUGAGCCAUAAUGCCUUGCCGUGCAUCAGUCAUUUGUUGUACUCACCGGCCGAGACUAUUAAGAAGGAAUCCUGCUGGACCAUAUCAAAUAUUGCUGCCGGCAAUCGUGAGCAGAUUCAGGCAAUCAUCAGUGCCAAUAUAUUCCCACAAUUAAUGAACAUUAUGCAAACGGCCGACUUUAAGACACGAAAAGAGGCCGCCUGGGCCAUAACUAAUGCCACAAGCAGCGGCACCUCCGAGCAGAUACAUUAUUUAGUUAAGAUUGGCUGUGUGCCGCCCAUGUGCGAUUUUCUAACAGUCGUCGACUCUGAUAUUGUCCAAGUUGCAUUAAAUGCGCUCGAGAACAUUCUUAAAGCUGGCGAAAAGUAUCAGGUGCGACCUAAUCCCUAUGCCAUCACCAUCGAGGAGUGUGGCGGUCUGGACAAGAUUGAAUAUCUUCAGGCGCAUGAGAAUCGGGACAUUUAUCAUAAAUCAUUCUACAUAAUUGAGACGUACUUUGGCAACGAGGAGGAGGACACACGUGUGGCGCCCGUUGCCGGCAGUCAACAGUAUGAAUUCAAUCCGCACAAUAUACCCGAUUCCGGCUUCAAUUUCUAGCAUGACACAAACAUAAAACACACAGCAGACAUAUACAGACUAUAGACAAAUGGUAAACAUUGGACGCAUUCAAGGAUCAGAAUGUGUGUAUCCUAUGCACGGGUAGAAAAACAGGCGCACAAAAAACGCCUCACUGUGCAGUCAUUAGCAUUUUAAGUGUCACUUAGGCCCGACAUUUGUUUCAUGUUCAUUGUUUUCUUUUGUUACAUACUCUUAUUCUUAUUAUAUUUAAUGUUAUAUUAUUUGCGAAAGCGAUCCGAAAAUUCGAUGUGUGCAUUUAAGAUGCAGGAUCAUGAAUCCUGCAUUUUAAUCCAAAUACGUUAUGUAUUACUUUGAGUAUGUGCAUGUAAACCAAACAUGAUCGAGUUUUAGCUAGCCAACAUUGAUAAAUCCUUAUACUCUUACCGUAUAUCUAAUGAUUUCCUAACAGUUGUAAAUAUUUUCAUUAUCUACAAACAUAUAUAUCUAUAUAUAUAAUUUUUAACGCUUAUGUACAUAUGUUGUGUGCAGCUAAGUUAAUUGCGUUUGAAGCCGGCUUUGGUGUUGUUAUUUAUACAUAUUAACAUAUGUAUACCUUCAUCUACAUUAUAAUGAUUAUAAAUAACUUGAAAAGUUUGGAUUUUGUUACAAAAAAAUUGCAAUUCGUAAUAUUCGUUUAAGCUUAAAUCAUAAACAUUUUUAUUUAAUUUUAACUGUCACUCAAUAAAGAACAGAAGUCAGAUCAGAAAAAAAUUAAAAUAUUACUUGAUAUUGUUUUUCUACAUCUUUGAUAACAUUGGAAUAGGCAAUCAGUUUAAUAGAAAAUAAUUUAGUUUUGAUCUCAAAAUUUAUUGCGCUUUAUAAUAUUCAAAUUCCGCGGUUAUCAUAAAAAAAGUAAAUACCCAAAGACCUCAACUAAAAGAGUUUCGGAAACAAAACAAACAACUAACUCACACUAAAAUACAAAUUAUAGAAAUUGUAAAACGAAUAUAUAAAUAUAAGAAACGAAUAAAUCAUUUACAGACACGUUAA